GAUUCUUCCCGUAUGCGUAAACUAAACCGCCGCGCCACGCAGAUAUCGAUCGAUUCCGCCCGCGCGUGAAAAAACUUUCUCCAUAGUGUGGGUGUAAAAGCGUUCGCACGCGCGCACAUACACAUAGCCAUACGCAACCGGCCACGAUUCAUUGAACACCUCGGCGUCUCUCGCGGCGUGUGCGCGCGCCAGUACUUAUAUGUCGAUGCGCCUCUCAUUACUCUCUUCUCCUCGAGAGAGGGGGGAAGCCCCUUGAGAAAAGAGCGAACAAACACAGCGCAGACGGUGCUGGCGUGUAUAUAGGUGUAAGUGCGAACGUACGUAUCUUACGUACACACAAGCCCGUCAGUUUACGUUCUGCUGGCGGAUGAGCUGCAGCAGUCUAGCGCGCGGCGGCGGCGGUCCAUAUAUUCUUUUUUUAACCGCGGAAACGGCGCGAGCAGUCGUGUAAUUCACGGCUCCGCCGCACCCACAAGUGCCUCUGCCUCUGCUGCUGCUGCUCAAGCUGUGUCGUAUACAUAUAUACACACGCACACAUAUACGCACUGCUCUCGCAGUCGAAUCGCGCGUCUUGUGUCCGUGGAUGGCGUCAAAGCUGCUGCACGCGGAGCCAGCCUGUUGACUGCUCUGCUCCAGUCGUCGAUUCGUUUUUCUCCUUUGAUCACCUGCAGAGCGACACGACGAUAACAACAACGCGCCGUUACGUCACUCCUGUGUGUACGAUUCGGAGUAUACAUCGGCCGGGGCUUUCUUCUCCUGAUCUCGAGUGCCAGGAACGCCGUAACGAGGGAGCAUGUCGUGGGCGACGAACAACGACAACAACAGGAUGAACUACUCGUCGACGUACAAGCUAGUCGUCGUCGGUGGCGGUGGAGUCGGCAAGUCGGCGAUCACGAUACAGUUCAUUCAGAGCUACUUCGUGACCGACUACGACCCGACCAUCGAAGACUCGUACACAAAACAGUGUGUCAUCGACGAUGUUCCUGCGAAACUCGACAUUUUGGACACUGCUGGCCAAGAAGAAUUCAGUGCUAUGCGAGAACAGUACAUGAGAAGCGGCGAGGGAUUUCUGCUCGUUUUCUCGGUGACGGAUCACUCAUCCUUCGACGAGAUCUUCAAAUUUCACAGACAAAUUCUGCGAGUGAAAGAUCGCGACGAGUUUCCCAUGCUCAUGGUCGGCAACAAGGCUGAUCUAGAUCAUCAACGAGCGGUCUCGGUGGAGGAAGCCCAGAAUCUUGCGCGACAAUUGAAAAUCCCGUACAUCGAGUGCAGUGCCAAACUACGCAUGAACGUGGAUCAAGCUUUUCACGAGCUUGUGCGCAUCGUACGGAAAUUUCAGCUGUCCGAGAGGCCGCCGUUAAAGCCUAAUUAUAAGAAAAACAAGAAGUGUUGUGUCUUAUAAACAUGCCUUUGACAAUCAUCGAGAGUAUGAUUGGAAAGAAAAGAAACUGCGAGCAUUGAAUCGUUGCUAACAGAGGAGUACACUGCGCCUCCGAGACAAAUUUUAGUAUUGAAUUCAUUAUAAUCAAAGCGAAUGAGGGGUAUAGAAAAUUCAAAGAAACCUGCAGUCAUUACCAUUGACCAAGUAUAUGUACAAUAACGUUUUGUGUAUGUAAACGAAGCUGAGCUUCCGGCGUAUAACUCUUAAGUUUGCGGCUCCUUUUCGAGUCAGCAUUGACUUUUUAAACUAUAUAUAACUAUAUAAACGAAAGUUCAAUGCGAAUGUUAUUAUACUAAUGAUAGUACUCGUUUAUGUAUAAUGACGCGUAUUAGUAACAUAACGAAUUGUCGAGGGAAAUUAAUUUUUGCGAUGGCACAACGUUCCAAAGCACAAAACAGUAGAUUAGUAGACGAUAUAGACAUUUUUGAUAUUAUUUUACUGCGUUUUUCUCGUAAUAAUGUAUAACUUAAGAUUUUUUAACAAUCAAUUGAUUAAUACUGCUAUAGGGACGAUAAUAGGGAAUUUUUGAAAACCAUACUACUCAAAGAUUUGCCAAUACAGCUAAAUCUUUGAUUAUUUUAAAGAAUUCGUCUUCUCGACUUUUUACACUGCAUAUUCAAAUCCGUACAAAAGUAUUUAUCCAUACAACCCCGAAGUACUACUAAAAAUAUACAAUAAUGGUUUUUAUAGCGCAGAAUUUAUAAUGACCUAUUUUAUGAAACGAAGGCAAUUAUGUCUUCAUUUUAAAUGAAAGUGCAAUUAAACUUUUCAAAUUUAAGUUUUACCUAUUGACUAUACGUAUAAAAUUCAUAAAAAUUUGAUCAAAUUUUAAAAAGCAGUACAUACUGCAAUGUCAUGCUUAUGACCAAUUGUAAUACAAAAAUUAAGUCCGCUCGUUGAUCGAGUGGCAGCCCACGUUUAUAUACAAAUUAUAUAAAUAAAAAUUAUACACACGUGAAUAUGUGAAGAAUCAUUUAAACUCCCGCAACAAACAAUAUACUAUUUAUAUUGCAUUAUCUCAAAGGGUCAUUUUCAGUACCAGUGAAUCAACCUGUCGCGUAGCGAAACUGUACCAAAAUGUUUUUCAUAACUUUUAUAUUAAGCAACUGUAACAAAAAAGGUUUGUUCUAUGUAUUUACAAAAUAAAUAAAUAGAUAAACAUGUAAAAUCAUAAAAUAGAAA